AUGCUACCGGAACGCCAAGCUUUCUCUUGGUUAAUCCUGUGUCCCACGGCCAUUGUGACCAACUGCUUGGCUGCAUUAACCAUCACACACUACAAACGUGCGUACAUAGGGACAGACAUGAUUAUUAUCUGUUUACUGUCAACCAUGGCUAUGAACGCUGGACUCUUGCUUGCACCUGCCAUCUUUGUUAUGCUCAAUAUUCAGUCAUGGCCCCAUGAUUUCUGCCUUUUCUACAUUUGGGCAUUCGGUUUUUUACGUUCAAUGGGUCUUGUUGGCCUAUUCGUUCUUAGUUUCCACUGGUCAUACCUCUCCAGAAUGACCCCUUUGCACCGAGUUCAGACUUCCAGCCGUCCCGUCAUAUGCGCUUUGAUUGUUAUAGUUCUCAUCUCCGUUGUGGUUGGACUCUUACCCUUGGUUCGAAUGAUGAUGAGAGAAUCGGCUGGCACCGAAAGUUCUGAAGAGUCAAGUUCUGUGAUUCUUCUGUCGUCUAUCUUCGACGAGAAAAAACAGGUACCUAGUCCAUCUAUAUCUCUCUAUCUAUCAUCUAUCUAUCUAUCUAUCUAUUCAAAAUUAUUCUAUAUAUCUAUCUAUCUAUCUAUCUAUCUAUCUAAUCUAUUUAAUUUGAUUCAAAAUCUAUCUAUUUCAUAUCUCUUUUGUCCAGAUAAAUCUGUCCAUCUCUUCGUUUAUCUAUUUAUCUAUUUUUGUCUCUUUCUAUCUAUCUAUUCAUAUAUAUAUCUAUAUCUAUCUAUAUAUCUAUCUAUUAUUAUAUAUAUCUAUCUAUCUAUUUAUUUGUCUCUUCAUUAUCUAUCUAUCUAUCUCUUCAUUAUCUAUCUAUCUGUUUAUUUGUCUCUUCAUUAUCUAUCUAUCUAUCUAUCUAUCUAUCUAUCUAUCUCUUCAUUAUCUAUCUAUGUGUUUAUUUUCAAAAGCAUCGUGAAAUUUUUCUUCGCAUCGAAAUCAUUGGCAACGCUUUCUGUAGACAAAACCAUUCGUACUGAUUCGCCUCCCGAUUUUAUAACACUCUUCACUUUCUUACUCUUUUCUCUCUCUCUCUCUCUUUCUUUCUUUCUUUCUUUCGCUUUUUCCAUUGUUCCUUUUCCCCACUUCAUUUCGUUUCAUUAUUACGUUUCGUGUUUUCUUUUUUUGUUGUUGCUUUCUGACGUUCCUUUUCUUUAUUUCUUACUUUUUCGUUCUUUUCUUUCUCUUUCUUUCUUUAACUGCGUUUUUUUCUUUUUCUUUCUUACUAUUUUUAUUUUUUUUCUUUCUUCAUGUUUUCUUUUCUUUCUUUUUUUUUUACGUUCUUUCCUCGUUUCUACGCAUUUUUCUUCCUUUCUUUCUUAUACUGUUUUCGCUUUCUUUCUUUCUUUUUUCUUUCUUUCUUUCUUUCUUUCUUUCAACGCCCUUUCCGCUUUCUUUCUUGUUUUUUACUUUCUCUUUUACGGAUUUUUCUUUCUUUCUUUCUUUCUUUCUUUCUUUCUUUCUUUCUUACACAUUCUGCUUUCUUUCUUUCUCUCAACAUUCUAUGCACUGAGCUCUCUACGGAUCUAUCUUUUUUAUAUUAAAAAAAAACAAAUACUUAUCCUUUACACGUAUGAAUUUGAUAUUAUCUAUCUAUCUAUCUAUCUAUCUAUCUAUGUGUGUGUGUGUGUUUAUGGAGCCAAACAUUAA